AUGUCCCAUACAACCCUCUUCACGCGCGCCCUCCGCCAGCGCACAUUCGCAAGCCUCCGCGCCAACCUCCACCCCCGACGCACCCUCACCACCACCGCACCUCCGGCCCUCCGCCGCAUCAGCAUCCCUCCUCGCCUCUCUCCAAUCCCACAGCGCUUCUCCUCCUCCUCCUCCUCCUCCUCCUCCUCCUCCUCCUCAACCCACACCAGCGCACCAGGCUCAACAUUCUCCUCCCCAUCUCCAUCCUCAGACACCCCCACUGCGACACCCGCCGACCCAACCGCCAUCCCGCCCCAAUUCCAAGGCGUACCACACUACCAGCUCACCUUCACCUGCAAGCCCUGCACCACACGCUCGACACACCGGAUCUCCAAGCAAGGCUACCACGGCGGCACGGUGCUGAUCGCGUGUCCGAGCUGCAAGGCGCGGCAUCUGAUAGCCGAUCACCUCAAGAUCUUUACGGACCAGAGCACCACGCUCGAGGAUAUUCUGAGUAGGGGGCAGAAUGAUGAGGGGAUUGUGAGGGGUAGUGUGGGCGAGGAGCAGAGUAGAGGGGAGGUGGGCGAUAUUGAGUUUUGGCGGCGGGAGGGCGGGCAGCUGCGGGUAGAGGAGGGGGAUAAUGGGACGCGGUCGAUUGCGUAGAGGUUGAUGAGGGGAUGAUGGGAUGAUGGAGGAGUUGUAGUAUAUUAUGCCGAGCUGGUCUGGCAGAGUGAUGAUUGUGUGUGAGAUGUACUACUAGAUUUCCAUGAUGGAGUCGCUACUAUUCUUUGUAUUUAUGGCAUGAUAAUGCGACUUUGCCCAUCGCGCCUUUGAGAAAUUUGGAAAAUCAAUCUACACUUUUCCCCUUGACGU